AUGUUUGCUGAUAUAACGCAGCCGCCGAAUCCACUCCCUACACCUCAGCUCAAAGCUGUGCGGCCAGGUGUCUCGCUGUUACCCCCACUCUCACGCCGAGGUCAUGGCCCAGGCCUUGUGGUUCUUACGCCAACUUCUGGGGAUCUUCUCAAGAUUGAAGAUGGUGUACCUUCAGUGCUUAUCAAGUGGGCUGAGGAGGGAUAUACGGUAGUCCAGAUCGAUGCUUCCGCGCUUGAGGACGGCGACAGCAAAGAUGUCUUGCGUGAGGCCUUGGAGACCAUGCACCAAUGUGACAAGUAUGACGAAGGAAAUAUUGGCUUAGUCGCAUAUUCUUCGAGUCUUUGGAACACCAUUGCACCGAACCUGACGGACGUCCCUGACGUUGCAGCGGCAGUUGUAUACACCAAUGCCAAUGACCUGUCAGAACUAUCCUCUGCGAAAAUCCCACUCUUACGACAUAUAGUUGGGCCUACUGGCAAGAGUAGCCCUGGAACCGAGUAUUACUACCCCAAAGCUCAAAGCUACGCCUUUGCAACGCCUUUCCAUCAGCACUUUGACUACAAUAUGGAGUCAGUUUCUCACACGAGAAACCUCCAGUUCCUCAAACCCAAGGUUGGAGGCCCUUAUUUUGAUCUCGAGUAUAUCUGGGAAGAGCAUACCCACUACGAGUUUGCCGAUCGUUCGGUCGAACAUACUAUGAGUACUAUGGUCCAGGAACCAUACGUCAACCAUAUUCCUACUUUGACAGGAGGGAUUGGUCGGGACAAACUUUCAGACUUUUAUCGGCACAACUUCAUCUUUAACAACUCUGCAGACUCUGAGCUAGACUUGAUCAGCCGAACCAUUGGUAUUGACCGUGUGGUUGACGAGUUCCUCUUCAAGUUUACACAUAAUCAAGAGAUUCCUUGGAUGUUACCUGGUGUUCCACCCACCAACAUCAAAGCCGAAGUCCCGUUCACAGCAGUGGUUAACAUCCGUGGAGAUCGUCUAUAUCACGAGCAUAUCUCUUGGGACCAGGGAACUUUGCUCAGGCAGUUGGGCCUUUUGCCUGAGUAUCUGCCGUUCCCCUAUGCUCUACCAGAUGGACGAACCUCUGAAUCAGGUUUUGAGUACCGUCUACCAGUUGCUGGCAAGGAGACGGCUAUCAAGAUGAAGGAUAGACACGGAGUGGCGUCGAACCAGAUGUUUUCAUAUGAGGCUCGCGAGAAAAAGGAUUGA